GCAAACAAAAGCAAAUAACGCAGUAGCCAAGGUAGCAAUCAUAGCAAUCUUUCGACAUGGCGUCGCAGCGCCCAAUUACCCCUUCAGCAUACGCUCCUGUACCGCAAGUAGACGACCCAACUUACCUCAGUCGCGGAUACGGCGCUUCUGCACCCACACAGUAUGGCGUACAUGACUUCGCCGACGGUCCAGCAAGCGCACCACAGGAACGUUCGCGCCUCGGCAGGUUCGAGGAGGACUUCGAUGCGCGCACACGGGGUUCUUCCAUCCUCGACGGCGACAUGCCCCAGCGCUCUUCCUCGCGAUCCUCUACACUCAAUCAAGGGAUAGCGCCUUCACGUAGCGGCACACUGAAGAAGAAGAACUCGGUCAAGAGGAGCGGCAGCUUGAAGCGAAGUGGGAGCAGGAAGUCAAUCCACGCUGGCAGCAUUCGCGGCGUUGCUAUCGAAGACCAAGAGCGGGGCUAUGAUCGCGAGGACAGUGUCUUUUACACACCCGUACCAACAAAGGGCACGCCUACUGAGCUACUCGCAGAACGCUUCCAGACCUGGCGAAAGUUCCUCAAAGACCUCAUUACCUACUUCCGAGAAGUGGCCUCCUCAUACGAGCACCGCGCCAAAUCCCUCCUCAAGGUGUCAAACGUCAUCAACAACACCAAUGCGCCUGCAGCACUCCUACUCGAGGGUGGCUUGAAUGACGCCAACCGUAUCCUUCGCGACUUCCACAAACAGGCUAUCCUCGAAGCCAACAAGGCGAGGGACGUAGAGGCAGAUGUCAUCAACCAGCUCAGCGGACUGCGAGCCGAUCUUGCGCAGAAGAUCAAGGAGAUCAAGUCACUUUCUGGCGAUUUUAAGAAUAACGUCGAGAAGGAGAAGGAGACGACGAGAAAGUGUGUGACGGCACUCGAGGAAGCUCUGGCCCUGGUCGACUCAGAUCCGGCUGCCAUUGCUGGCAAGGGAGACCCAUAUGUCGUUCGUCUGGGUGUCGAGCGACAAGUAGAGAGACAAAUCGACGAGGAAAACUACCUCCACAGAGCCUACCUCAAUCUCGAGAACUCUGGCCGCGAACUCGAGUCCAUUGUCGUUGGUGAAGUCCAAAAGGCCUACAACGCCCUGGCCAGCAUUCUGAAGCGCGAUGCCGAUGAGCAGUACAACACGGUCGAGAGACUCCGCAAUGGCCCCAUUGCCAUGCCGCGGGACCUUGAGUGGAGCAGAUUCGUGAGAAGCGAUCCCCAUUUUGUCAACCCGGACAUACCACUACGCAGGCUAGAGAAUAUUCAGUAUCCCGGAAAAUACCAUCCAGCCACCACAGAGGUCAGGGCGGGAAUGCUAGAGAGGAAGAGCAAAUAUCUCAAGUCAUACACACCAGGCUGGUAUGUUCUGUCACCUACGCAUCUCCAUGAGUUCAAGUCGGCCGAUCGCAUCUAUACUCAGCCUCCAGUCAUGUCCUUGUAUCUGCCGGACCAGAAGCUUGGCUCUCGAUCUCAGCCCGGAAGUUCCUCCCACAAGUUUGUCAUCAAAGGUCGCCAAGCUGGAUCUAUGCACCGCGGCCACACUUGGGUAUUCCGGGCAGAGACUUACGAGACCAUGGCGGCUUGGUUCGAGGAUAUCAAGGCCUUGACUGAGAAGCGCGGAGAGGAACGCAAUGCCUUUGUACGCCGCCACGCCAGCGUCAGGAGUACCAGUGCCGGCAGCCACCACUCAGCCAGCUCCGAUGGCGGACUAGAAGAAGACGAGGCAGACGCCAUCCCCUUCUCAGCCAAUCAGUCGAUGAAAGACCAGACCGUGCGCGACCAGUCUCCGGUGCGACCUUCACGACCUUCUCCAGGUGGGCGAUUCCCAUCCGAUUUGAUGGUCAACCGUAACUUACAAGCCCCUCUUUCGCCAUCUAGUGGAAGUUCGGAGGUCGGUAAUGAUCUAAACACCAUGGCCGGAGGUCCGCCACAGGAAGCCCAUGCCACGUAUCCCAUCCAGACUCAAUAUGCACAGCCCAUCCCGCAACAGCCUCAACCCAGUUUCGUAAACUCAUACCCAUUCCCCCAGCAAUCGUACGACCCCAUGACUACCAAUGGCUCAUCCUACGCACCCGAUCCCCAGCCCUAUCCAACACAGCAAACCUACACCGAGAACUAUGACCAGCCAAUUGGCAAUGGCCAGCCCAUUCAACGCCACGACAGUAACAACUACGGCAACUGGAUGGCGCCCGCUGCAGGAGGAGCAGCAACUGGAGCCCUAGCAGCCGAAGCAUAUCGGAGGAAGCAGUUGGCGCAGCAACAUAUGCAGGCACAACAACAGAAUCUAAAUGAGCACCCACAGCAACAUCCCGGCGAACAUCCCAGGGCGAUGGACUUUUCAGACGCUACUCCUGUGCAAGACUUCCCUGAACGGCACCCUGACCACAUUCGCCCUGAUCAGAUCGAUGACACAGGUUACGUAGCCCAGCCUGCUGCUCCUAUUGUCGCACCUGUCUUUGACAGCCAAACUCAGCCCCAGAUCAACGGUCAAGGAACACCGGCAACCACGUCGUCUUUUUUAGGAGAGUCUGAGGUAGGCGUCGCCCCUGCCUUUGGUCAGACUGUCAACGGCGGCCCAGUUCCUGUGGAUCUAGUAGAUGCUGCGGACUCUAUGGCACAUCCAGGUAUGCCUAAGAGAAUGGACACCGACAUUAGUGUCAGUGACCUCCAUGUGCCUGGCGAAUAUCCUAGAUCGAGUAUCAGCGGUGCCACGAUCAACGGAAGCAUGCCUGAAGAGAACUCGACGAUGCUGAAGUAA